GCUCCAUCUACCACGUGACUGCAGUUAACUCACGUGCCGCUUCCUCCCUGUCUCCCUUAAUACCGUCUUGCUCCCCCCACGCUGCUCCUCCGACCACUGGGGAAUAGACACGGAGAAACCAAACCCUAAUCCUAAUCUCGUACAUGGCCCCAUGAGAUCGCCGGCGAUGGGCGGCGGAGGAGGAAGAGGAGGAGAGACACCACAGCCCACCCACCGGAGUGCAAGCGGUGGCGGCGGCGGAGGUGGUGGUGGCAGGAGCGAGCUCUUCAUCUGUUUCACCCCCCGGUCCAUCUCCAUGUGCGCCCCAUCGGCGAGGUCGCUUCCGAGCCCCGGACGCAACCACCGUGACCCGGCGGCGCCGCCGCUGUCUGCGUCGUUAAGCAGGAGGCUGAGGAGCAGCGGGAGCCUCAAGGGCGGGCAGUCCCCGAUGUUUCCGGCACGGAAAGGGGGUGCCUUUCGCGGUGCGGAGCCCUCCUCUCCCAAGGUUACGUGCAUUGGCCAAGUUAGGGUUAAAUCCAAGGCAAAGAACAUGGGGGAAGGGGCGGCGUUGAGGUCCAGAUCGGAUAGUUUGAGGAAAAGACAGGAGGGAAAUAACGGCAUUGGAGAAGAGGAGAGGGAAUGCUCGAGAAACCAGAGUUGGGUUUAUCAGCUCCCUACCAGCAUCUAUGAGGCACUGAGGUCAAUUGGAUCGGAGUUCAAUUGCUUCCUCCCCUGCGGAAAGGGCAGAUCUCCAUGCUUUUCGUUGUCGAAGGCGAGGGAGGAGAAGGGAGGAGUAGAAGGAAGAGGGGGAAAGAGGUCGGCAAGUUCCUGCGGAGUGGUGUUUGCCAGGUGGCUGAUGGCGAUAGAGGAGAGCGAGGAGGGGGAGGGAGGCGAGAUGGCAGGUUUGGUGGUUGGGGAGAGGGACAGGGAGCUGGAUUUGGUGUUGAGGGAGAGGGAGGAUUGGGAAGCGAAGGUGGAGGAGGUGGGGAAGGAGGGAUGGGUGGAGGAGGUGGUCUGUGUUCCACCAAAGAAUGCUCUUUUGCUCAUGAGGUGCAGAUCUGAUCCGGUAAAAAUGGCAGCUUUGACUUCCCGAUUGUUCGGAUCUCCUGCUAUGAAGGUUCAAGCAGAAGAAGAGGAGGAGGAGGAAAAGGGUGAUGGAAAUGAGGAAAGGAAAGAAGUUGGGAGGCACCUUGUGGUGGAGGAGGCUGGAGAAGGAGAUGGACAAGAGUCGAAAAUAGGGGAAGCAGAGAGAAAGGAGUGUGAAACUCAGAGAAGCUUGGAAGGAGUUACUCUAUCUGUAUCGGUGAAAGACGAGGAGGGCGAUUCGAAAGGUAGAGGGUGCGUGGAAAAAGAGAAAGGAAUCAAAGAAGCAGGAUUUUUAGAUGAAUCUCUACUUACUGACCCAAAUGAAGUAGUGGAAGCAGCACGAACCGAGUUACAAGAAAAGCAACACGAGAAAGUUUUAAAUGAUGAGACCGUUUCACUUAAAAGAGGAGACGAGAAAGAUGGGAAAGGAAAAGAAUCCAGUAGCUGCUCUUCCGAAUGCAAUAAAGAGAAGGAAGAAAAUAUAGUCAAAAAAGAGACUGAAGAAGGUAGAGCCAGUAGGUUCUCUUCUGAAUGCAAUAAAGAAGGGAUUAGACGCAGUAGUUCUUGCAAAGAGAAGGAGAGAAGAAGGCAUGGCUUUUCUACUGAAAGGGAGGCAAGGAGACAUAGCUUCUCCACCGAGAAAGAGGCAAGCAGAGCCAGCAUUUGUGUAGACAAAGAAGGGAGGAUCUGCUGGAGCUUUAUCAUUGACAGCGAAGAGAUGGAAGUGCGAUCAGAAGAACUAGCAGCAGAAGCACAAGGGCACAAGAAGAAAGAACAAUUCCUAGAGGAGGAGGAAAUAAGAAAAGCUGAGGAGGUUGAGAAAAUGAAGAGAACAGGAGAAGCUGGAGUGGUGCCUGAAGAAAGAAGAGAAGAGGAGGAAGGAGGUGGAGGAGAAAGGGAAGAGGAAGAAGAGGAGGAGGAGGAGGAGAAGGAGAAGAGGGAAGAGUUACCAGAUUGUCUUUUGUUAAUGACUUACGAACCCAAGCUAUCGAUGGAGGUCUCAAGAGAGACAUGGGUCUGCAGCACUAACUUCCCCCAUGGUCAUCAUCAUCACGAUGGCCAUUCCCCCAAAGGAGGGGGAACCAAAAAAUCUAAAGGCAAGGCUGGAGUUGAUAGCGCCAGUGAUCAUGGGAGAUGUGUUAACGUUGAUAAGGUUGGUGAUGGAAGGUGUGUUGAGAGCAUGGAGGUGAUCCAAUCCAUAGAGUCGAGCCCCCAGCAUCUACCACCUCCGCCACCAGUGCCGCCCUUGCCGUCGGCUGUUGAAGAGACAUUAGCGAGUGGUGUUGCUGCUGCUCUGGUGCCGGCAUUUCAGCCAUUUGUGCUCACCCGGUGCAAGUCCGAGCCGGUGAGGCCAUCCGCUAGGUUGGUGGCAGAUGGCGGCUUCUGGAAGAACCGGCAUAAACCAGUUGAUGCUAUUGGCUUCUAAGCCAAAUGGAAUUACAGUAUGGUUGCUUGGAGAGAAGGAGAGUACUGAGCCUAUUGUUAAUGCAUGCUUUUCUAGACUUCUUGUUGCAAUUGCUUUGGAUGAUUUGUUGUACGAUGAUAGAUAACUUCAAUGAACAGAAUAGAGUUCCC